AUGCCUCCUUAUAUGCGCACUGACUUUGGGGUAAGGGGGUUAGACUCUGAAUACGAUGCGGAGUCGCCAAGGAGAAUAUUGAAUAUUGCUGAUAGUGGUGAUAGCGAUAGCUCCAUGCGAUGUCAACCUAAAGUAAUUGCAGUAUAUGGUUGCCAAGUCUCUGAUAAUGCGGUCCAAGGCCCAGCCUGCAGAACCGGCAAUAGACUUUUGUUGGGUAGUGAUAACAGCGCCGCGACAUCACCACCCGUAAAGAAGGCCUCGAAGGGGGAAGAGGUAGCGACGCUAAUAGAAGAGGGGGUCGGGAACAUCUCGGCUAGUUUCCAGGUUGGAGAUGUCAAUCGUGCAGCAGCUCAGGCACUUAGUCUUCUCAUGAACUUAGCCGCGACUGGCUGCUGA